AUGAGAUCCUUCAAUUCAAACAAACCUAAUGUAGUCUAUCGGGAAUGUUUGAAGAACCAUGCCGCUGCCAUUGGACGUGCGGCAUAUGAUGGAUGUCAGGAGUUCCUUGCAGUUGGCCGCGAAGGCACUCCUGAAGCAUUCAAUAAGGAACAAAAGCAAAAGAUGUUGGAUUUAGCGGAGAAGCUUGGAUGGAGGGUUCUAAAAGAGAAAAAGGAACUGAUUCACCACUACUGCGAAGAGAUCGGUGUAAAGACAAGCUCUUUUAGAGAUUGGGUUUAUAACAAUAAACCCUAG